AUGCUGCCGACGGCGCCGAGGAUAUACGCGAUUGGCGGCUUCAACGAGCUCCGAGGCGGCCGGCUCAGCGUGGUGGAGUGCUACAAUCCCGAGAGGGGCUCCUGGGCGCCGGCCCCCCGCGCGCUCCCGGCCGCGCGCGACGGCCUGGGCGCCGUGGCAGUGGCCGGGCGCGUGUACGCCGUGGGUGGCAGCAACUCCCACUACGAGGCGGUGGACACCGUGGAGCGGUACGACCCGCGCACCGGCUCGUGGGAG